CUAUCCCGAUUUAUAGCAUUCGUUACAAAAUCAAAAUCAAAUCGACUAGUUGGGUGUCGGGAAAAAUAAACAUCACCAUCGUUCCUCCUGCCAUUAAAUUUGUUCACCAUCUUUUCUUCCACCUCCAACUGUCCAAGACAGCUAUUCUCCACCCUCUCUAGCUUUCCUCUUCUGUUUCCUCUAUCAAACCCCCCCAGAGAGAAUCUCAGAAGAACACCAGAAAGAGAAACAAAACUAAAAACCAAAUCUUUCAAAGUUAAGUGUUUGUUAAAAAUGGGCUCUUCUACUUCAAAAGCCUCAUCUUCAGCUUCUUCUACUUCCGUCUCUUCUUCCCCGGCGGCGACGACGAAGCUCGCCUCCGACUCUCCUUCUCCGGCGAUCCACAAAGCUUUCUCUUUUCCGACGCCGUUGGUUCACCAUCCUCCCGCUAGAAAGGGCGACACUCACCACCUCGUUUCCCUCACUUCCACCUCGUACGGCUCUCUCCUCCUCAAAAGCUCCUCCUCCGACCAGCACACGCCUCCUCGUAUCUCAAUCUCCGACAAGAACGCAACAGAUCCGGUCUCACGCGACUCGCUCUCUCCCGACUCGGUUAUCAACACGUGGGAGCUCAUGGACGGCUUGGACGACGAAUUCGAAUUCGAAACCCCCGAAACCGGUAAACCUAGCUCCGGUCAAGAUCCGGAUGUUUGCCCUAAACCCGACCCGAAUCGGAAUGUAGGUCGUAAUGGGUCUGCUUUGAAACUGGACGGAUCCUACGAAUUGGUGAAGAUCGAACGUGACGAAGAAGAUUGGGUCCCGUUGUCUUAUAAACCAAAGCAACCUCUUUGGAAGCAUCUGUCUGAAGAAUCUUUCUUGUCUGGUUUAGAUCCCAGCAUUGUCUCUUCUUACAAGAAAGCCUUGUCCUCUAAACAGUUAACCAAUGUCGAGAACAAAAACCCUCUCACAACCACAAAGUCCCUCUCUUUCAUAACCAGCGAGCCAAAAUCUGUUUGCUCUACUCCACUGAGUUCACAAACCAAACCGAGAUUACAAGGAGGAGCAGAAGACAAGAUUGUGUUAUACUUCACAACUCUCCGAGGAAUUAGGAAGACAUACGAGGAUUGCUGUUGCGUAAGGAUGAUAUUGAGAGGCCUUCAAGUUGCGGUAGACGAGCGUGAUAUCUCGAUGGAUUCUAAAUACAGGAAAGAGCUUCAAAGCUUGCUCGGUGCUGCGGAGAAACCAAAACCGGUUUGUUUGCCUCAGGUGUUUAUCAGAGGAAGCCACAUUGGUGGCGUCGAGGAGAUUAUGAAGCUAAAUGAUAGCGGUGAGUUAGCUGAGAUGUUGAAAGAUUUCCCUCCUAGUGAAUGCUUGGGGACAUGCCGGAGCUGUGGUGAUGCAAGGUUUGUGCCUUGUACUAACUGUGAUGGUAGCACUAAGGUGUUUGAAGAGGAAGAAGAACGGUUCAAGAGAUGUUCAAAAUGCAAUGAGAAUGGACUGGUGCGUUGUCGUCAGUGUUGCGUCUAAGUGGGUUUGUUGGAUCAGGAGUUUGUGUGGUUCAAAGGCGCUUAGGUUGAAUGUGUGAAUUGAAUUGUAAAAGUGAAGAAGAUUAAGAGAGAGAUGAUGAUUUUUACGUAAGGUAUUGGGUUAGUAUGGUAUAUUUGAAUAAGAGGCUCAAGACUAACUACUGUUACUCUCUUGUGGUGGUGUUUUUUUGUUUGUAUCAUAUUUGUUUUUUGGCCUAGACACUUUUUUAACAUUUCAAGCUAAAUGAUUAUUACUACUUUAUUUUUAA